AGUCAGUUGGGCGAAAUUGAACAGCAGUAUUGAGCUGGGUGUGCAUCGAGCAACACUCUACAUCGAAUCAGAACGAAGAAUUGUGGACUUUUGAGUGUGAGAAGAUCAACGAAAGCUGUGAAGACUGGUGUGCUGGUGGCAGUUGUUUUUACGUAACGAUUGUUAAACGACGAAAAUUGGGUGUUUCGUUUGCAAAGAAUCAAUAUGAAUCUCAUAACCACCGCCGCACUGGUGGUGCUGAUGGCCGUGACGGCCACCAAUGCCGACGAAUGGAACUGGCUGAACAACGGUGAGACCUUUAUGGAUGACCUGAUCCGUGAGAAACGACAAGAUGGUAGCCAAAACGUAACAGAAGUUGCUGAUGACGACAUCAUCAACUACAUCCUGGACAGCGGACGCCAAGGUCGAAGUUUGGAAGGCUUCGAUGAAAUCUACACCGACCCCACCAUCAUGCAAGCCAUCCAAAAUUCCGAUGACGCUGAAGCUCGCAACAUCAUCAAGGAAAAGCUAUGCGCCCUCGGACUUAUGCAGUGCGACGGCGAACUUGUCGAUGGUCGACGUCCAUACCUUAACCCACAGAACCUUAUCUACGCCCAACCCGUGGCCCUGAAACCUGUUGGUCGUCCAAUCGCUACAAUCCCUGUCCGUGGACCACCUGGCCCACCUCAGCAAGGCCCACAAUACAUUCAAAAACCUCCUCCACAAAAACCUCACCAAGGCCCUUAUGGACCACCUCAACCCAUGCCCCUCCCACCACCUAACCGUCCUCAGCAAAAAGUUGGAUUUUCCUCUCAAUCGUCCUACGGUGGUCCCAACUCCUUCCAAGGUAGUUCCUCCUUCAACGGUCUUUAUUCCAGUCAAUCCAAUUCCUUUUCAUCCUACCCUCCAAAACCUCUAGGUCCAAUCUACGAAGGCAGUGACAUCCCAUACGAAUUCGAAAACCCCAACAAACCACCAGGUGUCAUUAUUGGCGAUGGUCCAACCGUAUUGAAGACUCCGCCAGUUGAACAGCACAUCCAUCAUCACUACCAUCACAUCGAAGGCGGAAAAGGUGACAAAACCAUUGUCGUCAACAAUCCCAUCCCACUGUCUCCAGAAAUCAUCACUGGGUCCGCUGUCGGUGGUAGUUCUUCGUCCAGCAAUAGCUUGUACUCGUCUGGUGUUUACGGAAACUCUGGAAGCACUAGCUUAGGUGGAUUCAGUCCCGCUGGUGGCAAGGACUUCGAUUACCAAGACCUGAAAGGAUCUAGCAACAGCAACAACUACGGACAGUUCGGAAACUACGCUUCGCAAUCCAAACCUGUAAGCGGUGCCUCAAACAAUUACUAUAACCAAGGACCUGCCACAUUCGGUAGCUCGAGUAAUACCGUCUACGGAUCGUACGCUGUUGAUAACGCUGGAAGUGGUAGUAGCAGCAACAGUAACUACAAUGGAUUGAGCAGCGGUAACUACCAGUCUAGUCAGAGCCAGGGAGGAUUCCACUCAUCCAUCCCCAAUCUAUACAAAAAAGAACUGAACGUCAAAGGACCUGCCAAUGGGUUGAACAGCUACAGCAGUGAUUACAGCAAGUACAGCCAACAGUACAAUGGACAGUACAGUAACAACAAUAACAAUAAUAAUGGCCAGUUCAAUCAAAAUCAAUACUCGAUCAACAAUGGACAGUACAACGGCCAGAACGCUCAAUACAACGGCCAAAACGGAUUCAGCAAUCGCAACGAAGAUUGUGUCUGUGUCCCAUACGAUCAAUGCCCAGCACAGGAUAUCGUUGGCCGCCGUGAUGAUUUGAUCCUACCUCUGGAUCCCCGUAAUCUAAAGACUGACAUCCAAGCCGACACCGAACAGGUUGUAAUCACCGACGCUAAGGGAGUGAUGACCAUCGUUCAGGCUCCGAAGAACAUAACCGCCCAGGCCCGAUCUGCCAACGUUACCGAACCGGCCAAAAAGAUUACUAAGCGUGAAGCUGCCGCUACAGCGAAGUCGGAUAAGAGUGAUGACAAGGCUAACAUCGAGCCACGUUUGUUGGGAGGUGGCCACGGUGGUGAAGGAGGAGGUGGAAAGAAAGUUGUUCCUACCUUUGGGGUGUCCUUUGGUCUACCGUAUCCUUCGUACCCGUUGAACCCUUACGGGCCGAAUCCCGCCGGGAAUCCCUACUUUGGUUCCAUUGGUGCUAAUGGUCUUAACCUUGGGUUGGUCAACGUUAAUCCUCUGUUUUCCUUCCAAGUCACGAAGGAUGAGUACGGCGAUAAGGUCGUGAAACCACUCGUCAACCUCCACGUGACACCCACUGAAAAUAUUGUUCAUAAAGUGGGCCACUUGUUGUCUGCUAAAAAGCAAAACAUCUUGCACGUUUUCAAUCAGCACGAUCACGUACACAACCACUAUGGUUACCCUCCACCACCGCCUGUCUACCGCCCUCCCCAUGGACCACCAUUCGUUCAUGGUUCACCGCCAGCCUUUGGACCAACUGGUCCAGAACUUAUUUUCACAAAACCCCCGGGACCCGUCUUCAACGGUCCCGGACCUAUCUAUAACGGUCCAGGACAUCUAUAUCCUCGUCCUGGUCCAGGACCAGCCUAUCCUGGCCCUAUCAUAAACCGACCUCCCGGCCCUCCGUUCAUCCCAAGUGGUCCUUCACAACCCCCAUUCUAUGGACCAAGACCUCCCUUCUACCGUGACGCAGCUUCCUCCUCCGACGUAGAGCUAGACUACAAUCCCAGCGACAUCGGAAGGGCUGCCAACGUAUCCUUCCCUCAGCAGCAACCCCCGAUCGGUAACUUCCAGUACCAAUCGGUUUAUCCCCAGAACCAACCCGACUCCCUCAAUCAGAAUAGAGUACACUAUGGUAGACAGUAUCAAAACUAUCAAGAUAGUAACGUAAGACUUCCACCUACUCAGAACAUUCCAACACCAGCACCAGGACAUUCCGAAGGUAGUAACACGGUUAGCUUCCCACGUAGUCGUCGAUCCACCGACGUCCCGGCUCCGGACCAUUUGGAACCCAUCGUCAAGGAAAUUGAUUCACAGGCUGUACCUAGUGAACAGGUAGAGGUACAGGAAAAAUCUAUUUCAGCAGAGAAGCGUCAAGCAUACUUCGGAGCUCGUCCUCAACAGCAGCAGCAGCAGUGUCCAGCCCGCAGCGUUUGCUGCCGUCGUCCAGCUUACCGCCCGCCACAACAACCUACCCACGCCAACCUGGGCAAAUGUGGCGUCCGCAACGCGCAAGGCAUCAACGGUCGCAUCAAGAACCCGGUCUACGUCGACGGUGACAGCGAGUUCGGUGAAUACCCAUGGCAGGUUGCCAUCCUGAAGAAGGACCCCAAGGAAUCGGUUUACGUCUGUGGAGGUACUUUGAUCGACAAUCAGUACAUCAUCACCGCGGCCCAUUGUGUCAAAACUUACAACGGCUUCGAUCUCCGCGUUCGUCUCGGCGAAUGGGACGUAAACCAUGACGUUGAGUUCUAUCCGUACAUCGAACGGGAUGUCAUCUCCGUGCAGGUUCACCCCGAGUACUACGCUGGCACCCUGGACAACGAUCUGGCCAUUCUGAAGAUGGACCGCCCGGUGGACUUCACCGGAACUCCACAUAUCUCCCCGGCUUGUCUGCCGGACAAGUUCACCGAUUUCUCCGGACAGCGCUGCUGGACUACCGGCUGGGGUAAGGAUGCCUUCGGCGAUUACGGCAAGUACCAGAACAUCCUCAAGGAGGUGGACGUCCCGAUCGUGAACCACCACCAGUGCCAGAAUCAACUCCGCCAGACUCGCCUCGGAUAUAGCUACAAUCUGAACCCGGGCUUCAUUUGCGCCGGUGGUGAGGAGGGUAAGGAUGCCUGCAAGGGUGACGGAGGUGGCCCAUUGGUGUGCGACCGCAACGGAAGCUGGCAAGUCGUUGGUAUUGUAUCGUGGGGUAUUGGCUGCGGUAAGGCUAACGUGCCCGGAGUCUACGUGAAGGUUGCACACUACCUGGACUGGAUCAACCAGGUUCGUGGGCGAUUCUAAACCCAACGAGAAGUCAGACUUGGAAUGUGCUAGGGGAUGUAGUAUUUAUUGACGACUCAUAUUUAUUGCGUAAGAUGAGAGCAAGCGAGAACUUAACCAGUGAUACUCGAAAGGAUAUAAAAAAGACGACUGUAGAUAGAAAUACAAAACAAAAUAACCUUCAGCAACGUCGGCUGUGACGGGUGUCACGGCUUGUAACCACGUUUGCUGGAGUUAAAGUGUACGAUGCUAUGUAACAGCAUUUCUUAAAUGACCCAACUUUUUGUAUGUAGUUUCCGUAGAUUUGUAAAACUAGAAAUCUAAGCGACGAAUAAAUUAUUUUAUUUAUUCAAGUAAUAAAAAA